AGAAACGAUGCAAUAAGCAUUCACAACGAUCAUAAUGAUUCGAGUUGAACUGGUGAUUUUAUUUCUGUUGCUUGUGAUUUGUCAGUGGCAAGUAGAAUGUGGAAACAAAACAGGGACAGAUUGGUCGAUUCUAUAUCAAAGAGUUCUAACCCUCCAAUUCGGAUUAAUCUACAACAAAAAUUUGGAUAAAUACGUGAAUUUAUCAGAGCAUUCGACCAACGAUAACAAAGCGCUAAUCGAUGACAGAACCAAAGUUAAACGAUCAUACAACACGAAACAAUGCAUAAAAGAUUUGAGAACGAUUCAAGAAGCGUUUAAUGAUCGAAAGAGCAAUUGGGCGAAUGAAAUGUUAGGUGCAUGGGGCAAGAUGCCGCCGGUUGGAUUUAAUAAAGAUUUUGGAAACUUUGAUCGAUGUCAUGAUUUACAAAUGAACAAAUCGAUUAACAUUGAAACGCAAUACUGUUUGGCCGAAAUUGAUUCAACAAAAUCCAAUGUAGGAUACAUCACACCUGAAUGGUUGCAAGUGGGCAUGUGUUUGCCGAAUUCGUGUGCGCCAUCACUGAUAGCCACCAUAUUGAAUGAUUAUUUGGAUGCAAAUAAAAUGAUUCAAAUAAAUAUUCGGGCAAGUCUAUGUAGAUUCAAAAAUGACAACUCAACUCUUUUCUUCAGUUACAAACUCUUCAUUGCAUUCCUCACGAUGGUACUUGGUUUAGUCAUUUUGAGUUCGAUUUAUGAUGUUACAUUCACUGUACGAGAUGAACCGAAAAACCCAUUGUUGCUGGCCUUUUCAGCGUACACAAACGGGAAAAAUCUGUUUGCAUGCAAAUCAAAUCAGUCGCCCAAUGUCAUGCCAUUUUUAGAUGGGAUACGCGCUAUUGCUGCAUUAUUGGUGGUAUCAGCUCAUUUCGAUUGGUUCGGUCUGGAAGCUGUCGUGAACACAGGCCCCUAUGCAUCGGUUGCUGCCCAACUCAAACGGAUUUUUGUCAGUGGUCGCUUCUCUGUGGAUACAUUUUUCGUCCUAAGUGCACUUCUCGCGGCUAAUAAAAUGCUCAACGAACAUUCAAAAAAUGGUCGAUUAAACAUUCCUGUUUUAUACUUGCAACGCAUGUUACGCUUAUCUCCAGUAUUGACAGUCGUUGCACUUUUCUACCGAUUUUUUUUACAAUUCUGUGCAAAUGGACCGGCAUAUAGUCUUUAUCUCGACCCUAAAAGGAAGAAUUGUGAAAAUUCCAUGUGGGACUCAAUACUGUACUUCGAUAAUUUGCGCAUGAAACAGUGUGUUCUAGGAUCCUGGUAUCUGGCUGCGGAUAUGCAUUUGUAUCUCUUGACACCGUUUUUGGUGUUGCUAUUGCAGCGUCAUCCAAAACGAUUCAUGGCUUUUUCGUCUGUGUUCAUUUCAAUUGAUUUCAUUUUAUCAUUGGACAAAAAACUGUUUGGCUUGGACGGAUAUGACAGCCAUUUUACAACACAAUCUCACAUCACACCAUGGUUGAUUGGCGUUAUUUUUGCUUACAUUUUAUUGCGAAUGCGUUCGACAACACCUAUUCGUCUACCAAAGUUGUUGAAUAUUCUUCUAUUGACUGGAUCAGUGAGUGUUUUUCCGUUGCUUACAUAUGCGAUUGGGCACGUGGAUGACAUCUUUUGGAAAGGACGGGUUUGGUGGUCAUUAUCAGUUAGCUACAUCAUAUUCGCAUGCGUAAAUGGUCAGGGCGGUAUCAUUAAUUGGCUUUUAUCACUACCACGGUGGCAACCGAUAUCACGGCUUAGCUAUAAUCUAUAUCUGAUUCAUAUACCGGUAAUCGCGAUUAUACAUGCUAACCGACAAGUGCCGUGGUAUUUUUCGUCUCUUACACAGGUGCACGAUCUGUUUUUAGUUGCGUCCACUUCUUGUGCCGCUGCUGUUGUGCUAGCAUUGACAAUCGAAAUGCCGGUAAUAAAUUUAAGCCACAUUUUCUUAUACAAAAAUAAAAAUAAAGCGCGAUCUUAGGAUUAGGAAA